AUGAGUCAAGGACACCAGGAUCUUCGUUUCCACGCUCUCUCCCGGUUCUAUUCCGCACCGGGUCCGUGGCAUCCUUCCGGCGUCUUUCAACCUCAUCCGGAUGCUUAUAACAGCGGCGCCUUUCAUGACUACAGGAACACUAGCUUGCCCUCCGAUUGCGGUACUACUCCAGGAGAUUCCGGCUAUGGAGGGACUCGUUCAACAUAUAGCCUCGUUGAGAGUGCCCCAUCAAUCGCCGACAAUGACAGGGGCACCGAACCAAGCUACCUGGAAGCUCAGGCAACGCUUAUUGGCGACUUGAGCAUCGAUGCUACUGCAUCGAUAUAUCAGCCAUCUCAAAUAUCACACCCUCAAGCUGCUUCUGCAGAAUUCCGAUGUGACCAGUGUGGAAACGUUUGCAAGACGAAAUCGGAACUCAAACCAUAUAAGUGCACUUACGAAUCUUGCCCCAAGGCUGAACUGGGAUUCAGCACGCCCAAUGAUUUGGCUAGACACAAGAAAACAGUUCAUCGCGAGCACAACGAAAAUGAUCCUAUUUAUGUCUGCCGCCAUGGCACUUGCGCUCGUAAAAAGGAAAAGUUGUGGCCAAGAGCCGACAACUUCCGAAGUCAUUUAUUCCGUUCUCAUCAGAUAACUGUCAAAGCAGACCAUGAUCUCAGAGAAUAUCGCCAUAAAUCGGGUGCAGCAAAGCCACAUGGGCUCCGGGAUGAGAGACGCUCGGCUACUAGUGUUAACCCCGGACGUCGACCGAUGCAGCUGCAAGAUGCCUCCCUUGCCCACAAUCUACGGCCUAAUGAUGACCUCAAGAAUUACCACUUCCAACCAGAAGCACCAGAGCUGCAUGCACUUCGAGGCGUUGGAUCGUCAGUCGCUGACGUUGAUCCGGGGCCCCGACCAGCGCAACUGCAAGAUUCUCCUGACCUGCGGGGUGACCAAGUUUCGACAACUGCCUCGGGUCGGGUACAAGACGACUCCUCAAAGCAAAGUAGCUUGCCACCAAUCCUGACGCGUCUACCAGGCGGGGAUAAUCCCCAACUAAUGCAGUCAAACGGUUUAGAGGACCCGAAAAGCCAUGCGAUUGUUGAUUUGACAAGUCCAGAUGAGAUUUUUCUUGGGGACUCCGAAGAUAUCUUGCCUCACGAUGAAGUCGUACUAGAUUCUUUUGACCAUGCUGAAGACAAUGUUAUGGCGGAUGAAGAAUUACUCGAUUGUCCAGAACCAUCGACGUUCCAAAUUGAUUCACCCAGGGCAUCAGCUCAGCCCGAAGCUAGCGCUCCUCAAGAUGACAUACCUAAGAUCUUAAACAUGACAGAGGAGCCACGCAACGCACUUGGAACAUCUGCGGAGGCGCCAUCCGACACACUCACUCUCGAUUCACCCAAGUCCCCGGAGCUAUUUCCCUUUUCUAAAGAUGCUCUGUUGGAUAUGGCCGCGGGAGAUGGGAGGGCAAACAUUCUCUCCUUUCUCAGAAAUCUCCCAAAGGAUCUGCUAGAGAAGGCCUUGAAAUCUGAGGAUCAAACAGGCGGUGGGAGUGAUCAUUCAAUUGAUCAAGGGGAGCACCAGAAACCAGAAACAUGCAAAGAAUGCGGGAAAACGUUUUCUCGCAAAUGCGAACUUAGGAAGCAUAUGAAACGGCAUGAGAAACCUUACGGGUGUACGUACAAAACGUGUCACAAGAUGUUUGGUAGCAAGAAUGACUGGAAAAGACACGAGAGCAGCCAGCAUUUCCAGCUUGAAACUUGGAACUGUAAUUUUCUGGGCUGCGACAAGGUACUACCACGUCGAGAGCUAUUCAAGACACACCUCAUCAAGCAUCACAAGUUGCAGCAUAAUCAACAAAUUGAGACUCUGCAGGAAACGUGCAGGCUGGGUCGGCACUGUGACCGACGCUUCUGGUGCGGGUUCUGUGAUAAAUUCGUUGAGAUCGAAGGGGAAGUGGUCAACUCGUGGACGAAGAGGUGCGACCACAUUGACAACCACUUGUUUGGUAAAGAAGGGCUGCAGAAGAAAACCAUGAACGAUUGGAAUUACCUUGAAGAUAAAUUGAAAGAGGGAGAUCCUGAAGAUAAGCUGGCAGAAGGCUCAUCCAAAGCGACAAAGAAGCGGAAGGCUACAGAGGAUAUGAGCUCGCGUCCAGUCAAGAAAAACGACACGAGUUGGUUUUCUUGGAACUGUAUCUGCAAGCGUACAAAUGAGGCUCAUCGGGACGGGAUAGGAUGGGAUGGAUGA